GCCAAGUUUAUUGAAAGCGCAGAAUCCGAAAGCUACGGACGUGUUUCGCUCGAGCGCAUCUUCGACCUACGAUCUCUCGCUCGCUCCCGCCCGCCCCGCAUAGCAGCCUCUCGCUCCCUCGCGCCUCGAAGUGAUCGUGAUAUCGUGCCGCGAAUUUUGGAUUUUAUUUCGAUUGAGAAAAGGCGGUGAAAAUAUUACACACUAUAGUCGUCUGUCUGCCAGCCGAUUUUGUCAUCGCGAUCAUUGUUAGUCGCUAGUCGGCUCCUACGCGGUAUAAAUUAUAUUGCAGCUCGUCUUUACCCCCUUUGGGCAAUGCCCAAUUCUAAAUUGUUAAUUGCGUGACAAAUUCCGAGAGAAAUAAUAAUACAAAAAGUAAUACGAAAUAUCACAUCACCCACGAUAUAAUGCAGUUCGAUCCGAAGCCACGAUGCGGUGGCAGCGUGGUUAGCUUCGCCGUAAUGCUGCUGAUCAUCGGCGCGGAUUUCGCCGUUGGAAGGCCUGAUGUGCGCGAGUCGCCCUUCGCCCGCGAGCUGCAGCCGCCGCUGCUGCAGCCGGACGUGACCUUCAGCCCAUCCGGCCAGCAGGCGGCUGGCCCUAAGGCCAUCGACAGCUACGGCAACCCCAUCGACGCACUGCGUCCCAUUGACACGCCCGAUGGGCGCAAGGUGGUCAGUGCCCAGGGCGUUCAGUUCGAGAUACCCACCUACGCAUCGGGGAUCACGGAGAUCCGGCGGCCGGCCGACGAUCUCCUGCCGCCGCACAUUGGUGAGUUGACAACCAAGGGAACAGCGGCUGCCAGCGGUGCCACCAGCAGAACGGAAACGGAAACGGAAACCAGGACGAAGAAGAACGACACAAAAAACACUGCCUUGACUGCACCACACACAAACAGUAGAAAUAGUAGCACCACUAGAGCCACUAGAACCACUAGAACACCUAGAACCACUAGCACCACCCGCACCGCACCAGCUGCACCACCCAUUAGCACCACUAACAAGCUGGCCAAACGCGAUCUGCUGGGCGGCCAGUUCCCCAUCGCACCACCCACUAACCGCCACGCCCCGCCCGCCUACUCCCUGAUCAGGCUGAAUCCCUUUGGGGAUUCAGACUCACCCAUCACCCAGAUUGGCCUUCCUUCUAGUCCCAGCCCCUGUCCCACUUCCGCGUCCCAAUACCAAUCCAAAAGCCCCGCGAAUUGCUCGAAAUACUCAACAACGAAUCCGAAUCCUCUCCAACCAGAUGCCAUCGCUGUGGGCCUGGAAUCACCACAGUCCAGUGCAGAACAGAAACCGAAUCCGAUACCAAUUCGGAACUCAUUCUCCGGCACAGCAUCAUCUGCACCAGCACCACUUCCAGCCACAUCACUAACACCGCCCCACCAUGAUCCACCCUCAUCCGACACGACGACCUCCAGCACCGCUGGGGAUGUGGAGGUGGAGCAGGCGCAGCUGGUGCCUCUGCCGCAGGAGGAGGCCAGCCCUCUGCCGGAUUACAUCCUGGAGCUGCAGCGCCAGGAUGCGAAUAUCGGCGGACCAGUGGAAUGGAAGCCGGCUGCCGAUGGAGCACCACUCAGUGUGAUUGCCUGGGAUCUGUUGCCACCGCACCAGGAUCAGGACAGCCUUCACAGCCAGGAGGAGCAGCAGCAGGAGCCCACCAUCAUCACAGAGGCACAACAGCUGCCGGCCAAGAAGGUCCAGGGCAUUGUUGAUCCCAUCAGUCACAAUAUACGGCUGAGCCUGAGCAGCGGUAAUGCCCUAAGUCCAGUGGCACCACCACAGGAUCAGGAGCACCACGACGGACCAGCGGAUCAUGGCACCAAUGCCCAUGUGGGCAGCACCACGCAAUCCAGCAACCCGGGUCGCUUUCCCAACCGCCAACGUGGCACGGCCCACUACAGCACCACCAGGAGCAGUAGCACCACCUUGAGACCCAGGAGCAGCAGCACCACCACCCAGGCACCUACGACCACCACUACCAGGAGAACAACCACCACCACAACGACUACCACCAGGAGACCCACCACCACAACCACCACUACGACAACCACUCCGAAGCCAGUAACACGCUCCACCACUCCAUUGACUAUUGGCACCACCGAGGAUCCCGCCAGCUUCUACCACCUGAUAAACGAGGAGGCCUAUGCCUUCACCCUGCCCACCUGGCUGCAGGAGGUCACCGAUCCGGAUCUGGAUGUGGCUGUGACCUUUGAAGUGCCCGCCGACAACGAUAAGUACAACCACACGUUGGCCAACGAUCUGGAGCCACCUUUUGAGCCCUUCGUUGAUCUGGGCAACAUUCAGCUGACGCCACCACCCACCAGCAGGCCCAGCACGACAACCACCAGAAGAACCACCACCACAACAACCACUACGGCGGCACCAACGACGACAACAACGACAACAACCACGACAACAACCACGCCACAAACAACCACAACAACCACGCGGCGAACCACAAAAGCACCCAUUACAACACUAAAACCAACAGCACCCACCACCCACAGCACCCAAGCGCACCCAGAACCACCGCCAGUGAAACUGACCACAACCACCACCCACCACGCAGAUAACCCGCCAGAGGAUUCGAGGAGCACCACAGCGAGUCCGCUGGAUGCGGGCAACCCAUUCGAUUCGGCCACGAUUCCCGCCUGGCUGCGUGACUUCGACUAUCCGGAUGUGGGUCCCGGUGUGCCCUUCGACCCGGACAACUAUGGACCAGCAGCCGGAGGAGCAGCAGCCGCCAGCAGCAGUACCCGUGUCCCAACCAAUCCGCCACGCCUCCCUAACGUCCCAACCGCCUCCUCCGCUUUUCCAUCCAAAGUCACGCUUCCGCUUCCAGGCAGCAGCAUCAGUGGCACCAGCAGCAGCGAGGAACCACAACAGGUCCUCGUUCCGCCCGCUGACCACUCGGAGUCCUCUGCCGGUUCCAUCGCCGGCUCCCUCGCCGGCUCCUCCAACUCCAAUCCCGGACAACUCACCCAUCCCACAUCCUUUGCAGCCCGCUUCGAGCCACCGGCCAGCAGUUCCAGCUCCUCCGCCGGAGAGCCCUUCCCGCCCAGCAAGGUGGAGUACACCAAGAGCGACGAGGGCAAGGUCAUCAGCACGCCGGUCACCAGCAACCAGCGGAAGACCGAGCCUGUGUCACCAGCUGCGAACACCGGAAAGUACACGGGUGGAUUCGGAGCUCCGGCGGGACUCCUGCGUCCACAGACGACCAGUCCCAGCGGCACCAACCCGAGUCCAAGUGCCAGCUCCGACAUCUAUGUGGCCGGCAACCAGCACGAGUUCAGCAGCAUCAUAAAGGCGAACAAGGCGCGGCCCACCGUGAACCCAGGUCGCUACAACGGCGGAUUCGGAGCACCCACCGGCGUCCUUUCGCCCCAGGCCCAGGCGGAGCCGCGCCCCUUCCAGCCCAUCCAGCAGCAGGCGGAGCACAGGGAAACCCAGUCCGCAAACGGAAGCGCGAACCGGCGGACGGAGGGCCGCUUUGGCGGACCACCCGGCAUCCUUGUGCCCUUCGACAACGUGCAGCGGACUGGAGGGCAGUAGGCAGUAGCCACCGCGGAGGAGUCCAGGGGUCCAGUGGUCUCCGCAAAUACUUUAAAUUAUUUAUAGCCCAUGUACAUGUACCUAUGCUAGAGCUGAGUAAGUGGAUCGCCACAAUACUUGCGUAAAUAAAGUCUCACAACUAA